GAGAGAGUAACUCGACUCGAUUCCGACACGGCAGUCGCGGUUAAACUCGCGCGGGGAACGUUACGUGCACGAAUUGCGCGGCACGCGCGUUGUUCAUGCGCAAUCAGUGAGAGAAAGAGUGUGUCCUCCGUCGCGACGAUCUUUCGUUUCGCCCGUCGAUCCGUCGAUCCCUGCGUUCGCGAGUUCACCUUUCGAAAAAGGAAAAAAACUCCCGCGACGGAUCGGCGAAAGCGUGGCGAGCUUCGUCAACUGUGAAUAGUGGAUGCGUUCGAACGUAUCGGUUCGGGAACAGUUUGGGGACAGUUCGGUGAUUUCGCGGUGAAUAGAUACGCGACAGAUACCCUCGGCGAGAUCCACAUUCGCGUCGUAUGGUGCGCGAUCCGGUGGCAACUCUCGUUCGCGAGUUGGAAUCGAGUUCGCCCGGUGACACGCAGAAGCGAGAAAGUAAACAAACGCGCGUCGAGCCUGGCGAGAUCGUUCGCGAUCGAGCGCGCGCCGGAUAUCUGUGACAUCGAUCGAACGGACGGCCGGGAUCCGACGGUGCGGACGAUCGUCCGCGUAACACGGGGAACCCCGGUGGGAUCGAGGAGCAGCGCGCGAGCUCCGAGAACAACGCCGUUGGAUGAGCACCGAGCAGAGAAAUUCGUCGGUCGCGUGGAACACCGCGUUCUCCCAGGCGACGAGAACAUCGUAACCGAUCAGACGGUGAAAGAGGAACGGAGAGAGGAGAGCGAGUCGUGUCGUCGAAGAUACGAGACGUAUCACCCGCGCUUUUUCUUUCGCGCGGCACGAGCGAAAGAAUAAGGAACGGGUAGCGUCACGGGGAGGCGGGAGUGCGCUCGUAAAUCAAAGCUGCUCCUCGUCAGUAUUCUUUGUCAGCCGAAGAAUAAUUCGAACGUCAGAUAAAAGCUAGGCCGGGAACAAGUGGCGCGAGACGAACAACCGCCGUGCCGAUUGUCCUGGAUACGUUUCGAAGUCAGCUGUUGAUCGAACGGGUCCGCGUUAAUUCCGGUUCGGCAAUUAUCCGCGACCGUCGCGCAACCGUUUAAGUUGUUCGCGGAACGGUCGCCAAAGGUAUGCCCGGGAGAAAAAAGACCGCGCGGCGUUCUUCGCCGAAACGAUUUUACGAUUAACGGGGCUGCCGUACGAUUAUUCGACGGACUCUCUCGGUCCACGAGUGUCGGUAUCGCUGAAUAAUCCGUUUAACGCUGCGACCGGGAACCGGUCGCUCGUUCCUUCUCCUCGGUGCGUUGACAAUUAGUGCCACGUCUCUGACAAGACGGUUCGAUCGGUCGUUGAACAUUCUCUACGACUAACGAUCAGGCGAUCGGAGUCGCUCGUGUCAGCCGCGCGACCGAUCAGACGUUUCAGUUUUCAUCGCGAUCGUCAGGUCGCUGAGAAAUACCGGGCAGGAAUCGGCAGCCGGUUUCGGAGAGCGAGGAGCGAGCAGUCGGUCGUCCAGUGGCGACCACGUGGGUGUUAUCGGGAGGAGAAUUUGUUCCGAGAGAGAUCGGCCGGCUACGUGGGAGCGAUUACACGAACGAGUUCAUUCAUCGUACGAAUUCCAGUGCGGCGGAAGUGACGGGUCGGCUGCUUCCUCGAAACUCGGCGUCGCGCGCGUCUCGACUUUUCCAACGGAGAGCGCGUGUUGGCGCGUCGCGCACCGACCCAGGCGCACCAGCUAGCGCGAGUCGCGCCGAGUUGUGUCACGGACCGAAGCGAGAAGAGAGAAUAGCGAGGGACGUAGAGAGAGAAAGAGAGAGUGAGAGAGAUAGCAGUGCGGAGUGGAGAAGGGAAGAGGAAACACGUCGAGGAACAAGGAUGCGGUUGUGGCAGAGAGUCGUGGCCUGCCAGCCGACCGAAUGUCCUGCGGGACGCACGGUCAGUCCUUGAAGGACACCGCGCGCGGCGGUUUUCGUCUCGUUUCGAAGGAUGAACUACUCUCGAAACGGCGAGUUGUACGCGAGACGAGCACCGCUCGGUUCUUACACGACCACGUUGGUUAUGAACGUGAUUGCUCCACUUCGUCGAGGCGUAUCGCCACGGUCAGCGCACGAUUAUGCAGCUGAAGAAAGCGAUGCUUAAGAUAUUCGAUCAAUUAGGCCUGCACUUGCGGAGCAUCGAGGAGCCGAGGAUGACGGCGGAGACGGCAGCUCCUUGUGUACAAGGGGUGCAAGGGGUGCAGAGCGUUAUGGCAGGUCAGGGCACACUGCAACAGGUGCAAGAUGGAAAAUCCACCGGUGGUUACUAUUCUUCGACUUCGGCCAUGUACGAUCCGGAAUACGCUCGCAUGGAAGCCUGGCUCGACGAACAUCCUGAUUUCGUCAACGAUUACUUCCUCAGAAAGGUGACGAGGCAAACCGUAGACAUGUGGCUUGUCUCACACGCGACACCGACAUCCUCGUCGAGCAGCUGCGUGGAGUUAUCGAGUCCAAUCCAUGCGGGUGGUACAUCAUCUUCCGGUCGGGGUGGUUCUGGUGGAUCGGGUGCCACGACGCCUGUUCGCAAGAUCUCUGCCCACGAGUUCGAGCGCGGCGGUUUACUGAAACCGAUCGUCAACACAAUCGACGGGACGCCAACCUUCUUGAGCGUCUCUCCCGGAGACUCGGGCCAACCAGGAAGUCAACCAGUCGGCUCCGGAAAUUCGGGCAGACCCCAAAGGCGAUCGAGGCAUGAGCUGAGGCAUCUUGAUGAAAAGGAUCUCAUUUUUGAAUUGGUCAAGGACAUCUGUAACGAGCUGGAUGUGAGGUCCUUGUGCCACAAGAUCCUACAGAACGUGAGCACCCUGUUACACGCGGACCGCGGUUCCCUCUUUCUGGUCCAAGGGGAGAGGGGCGGGGGUUGCAUGCCCUCCUCGCAAAAUCACGAGCCCUUGUCGGGGAAUCCCGUCGGCGGCGGUGGCCCGGGGAAAACGGACAACGGAAGCCCGGAGCAACGCGAAACGGGAUACUCGAGGAGCAGAUGUUUAGUCUCGAAGCUGUUCGACGUGUGUUCGAGAUCGACGCUGCUCGAGAUGGAGAAAAAGGACGAGAUCAAAAUUCCCUGGGGAACGGGGAUCGUUGGUUACGUCGCCGAAAGCGGAGAACCUGUUAACAUACCGGAUGCGUACAAGGACUCAAGGUUCAACCGUGAAAUUGACGCAUUGACGGGGUACAGAACCAGGGCCCUUUUAUGCAUGCCGAUAAAGGACUGCAACGGAGAUGUCAUCGGCGUUGCACAAGUGAUUAAUAAGCUUGGUGGGGAAGGACAAUUCACUGUGCAAGACGAAAAAGUUUUCGCUGGAUAUUUACAAUUCUGCGGGAUCGGACUGAGAAAUGCGCAAUUGUAUGAAAAAAGUCAAUUAGAAGUAAAAAGGAACCAGGUGCUUCUGGAUUUAGCUAGGAUGAUUUUCGAAGAGCAAAGUACAAUAGAGCACAUGGUACUGAGGAUUUUAACGCACACACAGUCCCUGAUACAAUGUCAGCGAGUGCAGGUUCUCUUGGUGCACAAAGCGUCAAAAGGCAGUUUCUCCCGGGUGUUUGAUUUCGAGGCGAACGACCUGGCCGGCGAGGAUUCAGAUUCUCGCACUAGUCCAUUCGAGAGCCGAUUCCCUAUAAAUGUCGGUAUCACCGGCUACGUCGCUACCACUGGCGAGACGGUGAACAUACCAAACGCCUACGACGACCCGAGAUUCGACCCUUCGGUGGAUGAUGGUACCGGUUUCAAACAUCGUACCAUUCUCUGUAUGCCCAUCAAGAACUCGUCGGGUCAGAUCAUUGGCGUCAUUCAACUGAUCAACAAGUUCGAUGACCUUGCCUUCACGAAGAACGACGAGAACUUCGUCGAGGCGUUUGCCAUUUUCUGUGGCAUGGGCAUUCACAAUACGCACAUGUACGAAAAGGCUGUGAUAGCAAUGGCCAAACAAAGCGUCACACUAGAAGUUCUGAGUUACCAUGCUUCUGCGUCGUUGGAAGAUGCACAAAGAUUAAGGGGCUUAAGAGUGCCUUCUGCAGCGCAUUUUCAGCUGCACGAUUUCAAAUUCGAUGACAUUUACAUGGAAGACGACGCUACAUUAGUCGCAUGUCUUCGAAUGUUCCUGGACCUGGACUUUGUGGAACGUUUUCACAUUGACUAUGACGUUCUUUGCCGUUGGCUUCUCAGCGUGAAAAAAAAUUAUCGAAACGUUACGUACCAUAAUUGGCGUCACGCGUUCAACGUCGCUCAAAUGAUGUUCGCGAUACUAACUGCUACGCAGUGGUGGAAAAUCUUCGGGGAAAUUGAGUGUCUUGCACUAAUAAUUGCUUGCUUAUGCCAUGAUUUGGAUCAUCGGGGCACAAAUAAUUCCUUCCAAAUCAAGGCUUCAUCGCCUUUGGCUCAACUCUACUCCACGUCAACAAUGGAGCACCAUCAUUUCGAUCAAUGCCUUAUGAUUUUGAGCAGUCAAGGAAAUCAAAUUUUAUCAAACUUGUCUCCCGAAGAAUAUUCACGCGUUGUUAAAGUUCUCGAAGAGGCGAUCCUCUCGACAGACUUAGCGGUUUACUUCAGAAAGAGAGGAGCUUUUCUCAGCUUAGCGCGGGGCGGUGGCUACAAUUGGGCUUACAGUGAUCACCGAGAACUUCUAAGAGGAAUGUUGAUGACCGUCUGUGAUUUAGCGGCUAUAACAAAACCUUGGGAAGUUGAAAAAAGGGUAGCAGAAUUAGUUAGCAGUGAAUUCUUCGAACAAGGAGACAUUGAGAGGUGGACUCUUAAUAUUACUCCUAUUGACAUUAUGAACAGAGAGAAGGAAGAUCAGCUACCUAUGAUGCAAGUUGGAUUCAUCGAUUCGAUCUGCCUCCCUAUUUACGAGGCAUUCGCUUUAUUGUCAGAUAAACUGGAACCGUUAGUGGAUGGCGUCAGGAAGAACAAGCAUCACUGGCUCGAAAUUGCGGAAUCCAGGUGCAAGACGGACAAUCGCACAAAUCACGACAGGAUGUCCUCGAUAUCCGAUAACGAAGAAACCAGUGACCAGGCGGACCAAUAGUCAUUAUCAUGAACCGCGAUACAGGCGAUGGAAUGACCAACAGACGGUAGUAUCUAUGCAUUUAUGGAGCGAAUUACACAGUUGGGUGCUGAUGAGCGCGAAUGGUCAUCCCGCCGAGAAGUUUGGAAUAUUCUGCGCCUACGUCUCGAUAUUAGGUAUUAAAAGCAUCGCGAGUUUAUUUAUUAAUUUAUAUUAAUCACUACGGAGCAUUGUCGGUACCAAUGAUUUGCGAUUGCAAGCGCGAUAAGGGCUUUUCAAAUUCUUGUAUGAACGCUUUAGAUUCCGAGGACUCACUCUCAAUCUCAAUUGCGUAUGACUUUCGUUCACUGUGAACAUUCAUCAGGAACAAAUAUCUUAUUUGAUUAACUCCACUGUUCGUCUCAAAGAGAAAUCCAUAUUUUCAAACGAGAUUAUCCUGUGAAUUUUACGUUCGUCGUCGAGUUCAGGAAACCCGACGAGACCGAAGUUAAUUAGCUUAAGACCGUCAAGGAGCUUCGUCCUCUCUUUGGAAAUAAAACAGAUCAACCCAGAGAUGCUACUCUUGUACCUGAUCGUAUUGUACGUAUACUUACUAUGGCAGAACUUUGUGGUCGAGAGAGGACGAAGAUAAACGAGGGUGUACUGGAAAAUUUGAAGGGAAUUGCUAGAUGAUGAUCAGCUUUUUUUAUAUAAGAUCCUCAUCACAGAUUGAAGACCUGCGGUUUAUGAUGAUUCAUCUUUAAACUUAAUUCCCAGUGUUAAGAAACGGGGAAUUUUAUUUCGUAUUAAACUAUAACGAAAUUAUGCGAUACCUAAUGAAUUGCCAGCUUUUACUGUAAAUUGCAACUGAUUAACAAGUUCAGUUAUUGUGUCGGUAUAUCUGGAAGUUUUGAAACAGAUAGGACGACUGUUCCUUAAAUUUACGAAAAUCGAAAAAUUUUCGGAUAUAUUUGACAAAAUUUCACAUUAUUUAUACUUAUAAAGACAUAAUAUAUAAAUUCAAGAUUUAGUAUUCGUAAUAUUGUAUAUUAACCCCUUGCUCCUUAAUAUUGAGUCAGUCUCGUACUGCAGAUUUUAAACUGAAUUUAAUAAAUGUAAAUGUUAUUUAAUUUUCUUAUGUCCAAAUUAAAUGCUAUUAUUGAUAUUUAAAAUAAUCUUUGAAGUAAAUACUGUGCUAUCAUGAAUGCACGAGGGUGUUUAAAAAAAAUAAUAACAAAUUGAAAAUUGUGAGGUGGAUAAUUCAAUACCAUACAUAAACGUUAUUCAUCUUUUAAAUAGAAUUUUCUUUUUCCUGGUUUCAUGAUCCUGUAAAAAAAAUGUUUUUCUCUGUUUUUAAAAUAUACAAAAAUUUGUCAUUACUUUUCGAAACUCCUCGUAAACUUCUUUUUACUUUCAACAGAUUAUUAACGGUUAUAACAAUUAUUAAAUAUUAUUUCUGAAGAUAUCAGAAUACAAGGGGUUAAAAUAAGAUACUGUCAAUAAUAUCGAUUUCUAAUUUUAUACGUUCUUGUAUACAAAAUCAGUUAAUGGGAAAUCUGUUUCAUUUAGAAUGAGUUCACUCCUUUGAUACUUUUGUAAUGCAGUCAUAAAUCCAAAUGUUAUGUAGAAUUUUCAAUUAAAAUUUUUCAUUGCUUAUUGAACUUUUCGAAACCUUCUAAUAUAUUAAUGUUUGUAGAGGAUGUCAAAAGACUAUGUAAUCAUGUGUAAAACGUCACAUGCGUCAACAAUUAUAAAAUCUCGCAAAAUAGUAUGAAACUGCUUAUGAUCUAUAUGAGAUACUAACGAAGAAUAUUCGCGAAGUAUCCUGACAAAGAAAAGUUAAACACAAAGUUCACAUAUUUAUUCAGCGGCAGUAACUUAAAUUUCGUAGGUGAAACUACCCUUCAAUAUUGAGGGUUGCAUAUAUCUUGAAAAUACGUAGCAAUAUAAGGAAACAUCAAAUGCAGUAAUUACGCAGCUUCAAGUAAGACAUAACAUGAUCUACACGGAAUGCGAAAAAUAUUAUGAAUUCUAAAUAUUUUUUAUACGACGUUUCUUAUUGAAAAUCUGUCAAUAUUGUCGACCAAACAAAAUUUUCCAACAUACUUAUCCUCAAUUUUAAUAGUUUGCCUGCAUUUAAAUAAAACUACCCCUGAAAGCUGUAACCUUCCCACAAUGCCAUUAUUUCACGAACCAUCGAAGAGUGGAAGGGAGUCUCAAACGAGUCUGUUACGAAAGAUUAAUGGUCAUGGCUUUAAGGGGUGAAUGUACCUUUCUAUAUUGGUGGACAUUUAUAAACACAUUAACAUUUUUAAAAAGUAACAUUACAAUUUUACCGAAAACAGAAAUACGAAAGGAUAUGUAUGUCGUAAUUAAACAUUUUUAAGAAAUGCCGUUAACCUCUUGCUCUAUGAUUUAAUUCUCAAUUAUGAUCGAUACAAUUACUUUGCCAUUAAUAAUUUAUUAAGAAAAGAGAAAAAUUCUGGUCAUAUUCUACGUUUAUGUUUGCUGUAUACUUAUUGAUAACAGAAUAAUAAUGUUUAAUUUGAAUUCAAAAGAGUUAAGUAAUACUUAUCUUUUUCAAAUUCUCUUUGACAUCUUCAGCAUGAAUCCGAUACGUUGUUGUAAAGCAAGAGGGUAAUCUAUUCCCUGAAAUGUUGUUAUAUAGGCACGUUUCUAUCACUUGAUGGAUUCAGGGAAACAUCAGAAUGAUAAUGAAAAUGUUCUUUCUGUUAACUAGAUCAUGAAGAAGAGUUUACAUAUUAUUCGAAUUCUCUAAAUAUUUGUUGGAAAAAAGCUUGCGUAUCUUAAUUAUUUAAAUACAUAUUUCCGUUAAGUGAUACAGUAUGCAAUUAGUAGAGGUACUCGGGGAUUAGUGGUUCCGCUUUUAUAAUUUCGUUUUCCGACUAAGUGAUCGAACAUCGUAGCCAGGACUUCAAUCAACGAGACAGAUAAUUCCUGAAUAUGUAGUUACUUGGUACGUAAGAAGAUGUGAGCGAAGGGCAAUUGGCUCUGUCUUGGAAUCGCGUUUGCACGGAAGUUCUCUCCGCUGUUACGGACUCGUUCAUAAUCAAGAAUCGAGUUGUACGUUGUAAUUAGAUAAUGUAUUCGUAAACCAAAGUGUACAUUUAUGCAUCAAGGUUAAUCGUGAUCUUUGUUACUCGAUACGGCAAUGAGUUUAAUCGUCUGUUGUAAUGUUCUAAUUAAUUAGGCUAGAGACAACGGGAGUAAGAGAGAGCUUCUUUACACGUAGUUCACCUUGCUUUCUAUUAUCUUGGAUGUCACGCGAUAUUCGUUUAAAGCCAGAUGUUCGGUUUCCUCUGCGCGGGAAAGGGCUGACGAUCCGAUAGAGGGAAAUCAAACGAAAAUGCGAUUCUAUGCGCAUUCAGGUCCCGAUACACGUCUUCAUAAGACCACGUUUAAUGGUUUUCUGAAAUCGAGGAUAACUGUAGACAUGGCAUCAAUGGUUUUUUAUAAGUAAUCGAGUAUUAUGAUUUAUUUAUGUUUCACUUGUAAAAUGAAAGAUGUGUAGAAUUACAUGCCGAUAUUCCAAAGUGGAACGAAAAUCUUUGGAAUUCAAAUUUGAAUUUGAUAAUCCUGUUAAAAUACAUCGUACUGCCGGAUGGUAAUUGAAAUCCUUUUAUACAAUUGCAGACAAAAAAUUGUUCGAUUUCGAGACAACUGCUGAUAUGAGAUUUUUUCUUUUAACAAUAAUAUGAAUAAUAUAUUGUGCAGUAGAAAAAAAUUGUAUCGACGAUAGAAAACUAUUUCCACAGACAUAAUCUUAUUGCAAUUGCACAAUUAUCAACUGAGUCAUUUACUUUCGAGAUUUGUUAUCAAAUGUAUCGAUAUAAAUUACGGUCUGUAUAAUGGAAUAUAUAUGCGGUUUUAAACAAUGACAAACAUGAUUCAUUUUAGAGAAAUAAAAACAACAGUAUUGAUACAUUGUUUACCUUUGAAAUAUAGUCUUCGGUUAGUACCAAAGUAUUCACGAGUGACUCAUUUUUGUUUCGUCAAUUCAAGCUUCCAAUAGAUUUGUACAAAAAGGGGAUUUAUCAGAACACAAAUUGUGCUGAUUCGAUACAAACAUCGACCAUGAAAAUAUAUUUCAAAUUAAAUUGUUCGAAACGUCUAUCCAUACGUUUUAUAUAAUUACAAACAAAAGAUAUUAAUUAUUAAAUUAAUUAAUUAAUUUCUUAUGUAUUUUCUUAGAACAAGAGCUAUUUUUAUCCGCAUAAAUCUUUUUGUAAUGUAUAAUAAUAAUGUACCAAGUUGCAAAAUUAACUGCGGUGAUAAAAAUAGAAAUUCAUUCGUUUUAUUUCGAUAAAAAAUUCACUUGUUCAUAUUCUAUGUACUUUUUAAUACAAAUUUUAAUGGCGUGAAUUAAUAAUUAGCCUGGAAACAGAUUUCAAUAACUUCUUCUCACAAUAGGAAAAAAUUUUCAAAUAUUGCAAAGAUAUUGUAAGUAUCAUAUGUUUACUGAUUUAAUUUUACAAAUAAAAUAGUUUCUAAUGCGCUACCACAAUCAAGAAAGGAUAUUCUUAUGUGUGUAAACAUACAGUGCUUCAUAGUAUCAUCCAGCAUUCGAUACAGCCUCAUAGCAAUUCAUGAAAAUAUUCACUUAUUGUCGCGUGAAUAUUUAUAUAAUUAGUUCACAGAUCAAUUAUAGUUUGAAAAAAUACCUUACUUAGUGAUGAAAUCAAAAUUAAACUUAAGAGAAAUAUUUUUUAUAAAAAAAAAGAUGAAAAAGUAUGUACACAAAGUAUCCUAUUUGUAACGAACACCUAUAUUUUUUCUACUAAUAGUGAAAGUAAGAAAUAAUUACAAAAACAAAUUUAUUUCUUAUUUUCAAUACUGAAGAAAAUAAUUUAGAUGUUCAUUAGUUGGUAAGAUAUACUGUGUACCCAUAUGAAAUUAAUUAAUCUAUCAAGAUAAAUUUUAAGGUUUUAAUAUCGAACAUAAAAAGAGUUGUUCUAUUAUCAUGAAGAAUUCAUAAUUGGAACCUACAGCUUUGUGUCUACAUAUUUGGCAGUUUCCUCCUUUAAGCUGCUUUUAAAUUGAACCCUCUUGGGAAGACAGGCUUGAAAUCCAUCUAUAUCGCCAUCUUGCUUUUCAAUACUUGUCGGUUCUAUUUUUGAGAAUGCCUAAAAAAUCUAUUUCUUGCAGUGUACACAUACAUGACAAAUAUUUUUAUAUAAAUACCUAGCAUAAAAGAUUUAAUAGUACACACAGCUGCAAAUUAAAAGAAAACUCAUGUUCUGUCUGUAUAAAUCUUUUUUCACCUUGUAAAAAUUCAUUAAAACUUGAAUCUCCGUGGGCAAUGAAUUUAUUGGUGCUCAAAAACCAAAAACGUGGUUUUACGAAGAUAGAAACAGUCAGGCAUUCAUCCGCGUGUGAUCGUUGCUUGUAAUAAUAGUCCGUAUCUUGUAUAUGUUCCUUUUAAUCCUUCAAGUCCUUUUAUUCUUUUUCUUUUUAACUUGUUGAUUGUCUCCUGUCAAUUUCAUUAAUUCCACGACGGGAGGGACGGUGUAAGAAGUGUGAUAAACAGUGUGAGUGCGUGUGUUACCGUUCCGGCUGAAUGUUUGUGAGCAAGAAAGCGUCACAAUGAAUAUUUUCGUGUAAAUUAUUGAUAUAUCAAAACGGAAAUGUUUAGCGUGUAUGCCGUUUACCGUUAUAAUUAGAAUAUAGUACGAGAGUCAUAUAUUAUACUGAACAAUAUCUAAUAUAUUAAAGCGAAACUAAAUUAUGUGAUAUAUUUAUAUCGUCUAUUAUUUAUUCUGAAUUCCCCUCGUCCAAUCCUAUCCUACAGACCUCAGAACAUUGCAUAAAGGACCUCCUAUAAAACAGUGUACUUUCUGUUUUAUGUGUAAAUACAUAUUUCAUUUUAUCCAGAGCUUGCAAUGUAAAAGUUGGAAUUACGUAAAAAAGUUUUUUUAUAAUACAAUAAAAA